AUGCCGGGUCAGAUCAGUCACCCAAGACGUCCAGUGCCUUUGCAGAUCGACGUUCGGAAUGAACAUGCCCAACCGAGCCAACGCGAAUUGACUGGCAGCGACCAGCCAGCGUUCCAUGAUCAGCCGGUUCGUCAGCCACCACCAUACGGAUCACAUCUCGACACUCCCGCUUCCUCCAUCUUCUCGCCUCCGCUGUACUGGCGUUACUUUUCACCCAAAGAACCAAUGUCACUAACGUUUGGUAUAGAGCUCGAGUAUGUCUUUGCGUUCGAUCGCAGCCCACGGGUCGGGUUUGAAUGGAUCGGCGUCGACGGCAUAACCGACGAAGAGCUGUUCGAGGAGGAGGAGGAGGAUGACCUGGCAUUAAGCUAUGACGACGAAAGUGAACCAGCCACAGGAGUAAACAUGGACGUCGACGUACAUCAACCAGUUGUAUUUUCCGAUCCGCAUUCAUGUGCACGUAUCGGGCAGGCUUCGACUACGAUGUUCGUUACUCAGUCUGUUCUGGAACAGGCAGGCUUGGAAUGCACUGCCGGCGAGAGAGGUUACGAAUCGUGGAACAUCCAAGCCGAUGGAUCGAUCGACGAACCCAAGAACCUAUCUAAAUAUCUGCCCGACAGGCUCGACAGUGAUGAUGAGUGUGAUUGGGUCAUGUCUGGACAGGAGCUCGUCUCCCGUGUGUUGGCGGCUCCUGAGGAUUUGUCUUUGAACAAUUUCACCUCUAGCAAUGCGCUGCAAGAGAUUGCAUGUUUUUUGAAAGCUCUACGUGGCAGACCAAGGGACCCUUUUGGGGUCUUUGUCAAUGAGUCCUGUGGAUUCCACGUUCACGUUGCCCGCGAGUCUCAAGACAUGGACGAAAUGAUCCCAUUGCCAGUGCUUCAGCAUCUGGCUUACCUGCUUGUACAAUUUGAAGAGCUGAUCAACGUCCUGCACCACGAAAGUCGACGCUGUCGCUCCGAUUUUGACUCACACUACGUGGAGACGAAUCUUAUGGGCAUCAGGCGCUCGACCCAUUGGUGCCGGCGUGUCGAAUCGACCGAUCUCUCCAAGGCCCAGAAGAAGAUUUUCCACAAGGAUAUGACGCCAGCCGGUCUUGCGAAGCUCAUGGACGCCUGCCUGCGACCAAACAUGGAUGAAUCUGGGCAUGUGGUGCUUGAAACACGCUACAAGUUCGUCAACUUUGAACCAUUGAUGUACGAAGGAGGUGCCGCCAGAACCAUCGAGUUCCGGCAGCAUAUCGGCACGCUGGAUUUUGACGAGAUCGCCCAUUGGAUCCAUUUCAUCCUGAGUCUGGUCCGCACGGCGGAACGAAUGGCCACGUGGAACGAUCGAGUCGGGGUCGGCAGCCCCUGCUCUACCAUGUCCAGCUCCAGUCCUCUUCUCGUCUCGUUCCGGAAGAGGCAAGCCAACAAGUACCAGUUGCGAUGUGCGAAGCUUCAGGACGAGUUUGAGCGCAUGUAUGACCUGCUUCAAUUCGAUGACAAUGUUCGUGACUACUGGCGCAGGAGAUUCGUCAGGCUGAACCCGGCAGAAUGGUUCCGAGUCGAGGUCGACGCCGAUGGGAUAGAGCACAUAAUGGAUGGAGAAGAUCGAUGUCCUAGUUGUAAUGAUUGGUGA